UGUCCCCUCCUCUCCGUCUCUCCAAGCCGUGCCAAGGCUCUGUACGUGUAAACAGACAUGGCCAUUCACUGGUGAAGAAAACCCUGGAGAAAUUAUCCCGAAAUCGUAUUUGGUUGGAGAAACGGAGGGCAUAAUAAAGAAUAAGCACAAUGGCCCCUACAAACGUUAAAGAUACCUGGCUUUCAUUUGGUUUCUGUGUAGUUUUGGUCGCCCCGGUUCUGGUCGAAGCCCAGUAUGAGAAAUAUAGCUUUAAGAGUUUCCCACAGAACGACAUAAUGCCACUUGAAUCUGCGUAUGGACAUGCUCUGGACCAGUAUGCAGCGCAGAACUGGAGGGACAGCAUCAAGUACCUGGAAUUGAGUUUGCGUCUUCACCGGCUCCUGAAAGACAGCGAAGCGUUUUGCAGCCAGAACUGUAGCACUGUCAGUCGGGACAAUGAUACCCUCUUCGCGGACAGCAGUCUCCGCAUCAUGCGGCAUUUCUUACUCCGGGCUUCAUGCCUUAAAAAGUGCAAAACAACAUUACCAGUGUUUACAGUAGCCUACCCAAAGAGAGAUGUUCUGGAAGCCUUUGAGAAGAGGGUACCCUACCGGUACAUACAAUAUGCUUACUACCAGUUAAACAACAUAGAGAGGGCCGUGUCAGCGGCCCACACGUUCCUCCAGAAGAACCCAGAAGACCCCUUCAUCUCCAAGAACAUGAACUACUACAAGACCCUGUUUGAGCUGGACGAGUACCUCAUCGACCACGAGGAGCGUCCCUACGAGCCUGUGUUCCUGAAGGCUGUGAAACUGUAUAACUCUGGAGAUUUCAGCGGCAGUACUCGGGACAUGGAGCAGGCCACUACGGAGUACCUCAAAAUGUACGACCUCUGCCUGGCAGGCUGCGAAGGGUCAUAUGAGGUCACAGAGUACAAAGACUUCUACCCUACACUGGCAGAUCUCUACACGGAAGUUCUGAAGUGUAAAGUGAAGUGUGAGGAGAACCUGAAGCCCAACGUCGGUGGUUUCUUUGUGGAAAAGUUUGUGGCUACCAUGUACCAUUACCUCCAGUUUGCCUACUAUAAACUGAACGACGUGCGUAACGCGGCUCCGUGUGCGGCCAGCUACAUGCUGUUUGACGCUAACGACCAGGUGAUGCAGCAGAACAUGGUGUACUACCGCUUCUACCGAGAACAGUGGGGCCUGGAGGAGACGCACUUCCUGCCUCGCCCGGAGGCACUGAGGUACUUUAACCAAACGACCAAGCAGAGGGAGAUGCUGGAGUUUGCACUGAACUACCUACAGACAGAUGAUGAGGAUGUGGUGAGUCCAGAGGAGGUGGCUGCUCCCUCGGCCCCCCCUGACGCUGAGUUUGAGGGGAUAGGAGAUUACGAGGAGUCCUUCGUAGCAGACUGGUGGCAGGAACCCAAAACCAAGGGGGACGCUGGGGAACCUGCAGCCUGACCCCAAACACCAACUCCACCAUGAACACAACCCCUCCCCCAAACAGAACACUUCUCAAAUCCCCUCUCAAAGAAUAUGGACAGCCCUGCAGAGCCAGACCCAUCCAGAAAUGCCAGGGUACUAUAUUUAGUACACCCCACACGUUAAAUUGUUCCAUGGUAUAUAUACAAACACACACAGACACAUCAUUUCCCAGCUUAAGGAACGCAAAAGGGAGAAUAUACAUUGCCAGUUGCACACAGUUCCACCAUUAGCAAGAUCACACAAACACCCACAAAUGACUUAUUGAAGGUCAGAGCUGUCCAUGUCGGAACUGAAAGCUAAAUGGUGCAUCUGCUUUUGGCAUAAGGAGAGGGAAAAUAAAGGGAAAGGGGGGACACCUAGUCAGUUGUACAACUGAAUGCCUUCAACUGAAAUGUGUCUCUUCCGCAUUUAACCCAACCCCUCGAAAGGUGUAUUAUAAAUGUUAAUACUGAAUGACUGUUAUUGUUGCCUUUCUUAUUUCAUGAAAUGAUUUGCUUUUGUGCCAUAGCCCUGGUAGUAUGGCACUGAUCUAUGCCUUCUGUCAAUAUCUAGGAUGGUUGAUGUUGAAUUCUGACCUAUUGGAGGUGUAUUUUGUCUGUCCAGCGGUACGAUAAAAAUCCACACAAAAUUCUAAGUGAACAACAGCAGAAAGUGUGGAAUAAAGUGACGUAUUAUUUUAGUACAUCUCUGUUCUUGUCUCUUUCAGCACCUCCAUUGCAGUACAGACAUACAGUAUAGUGGAAACGUAUUGAUGACAUCCUUAGGAUGUGUUUACACAGGCAGCCCAAUGCUGAUCUUAUGCCCAAUUAUUGGUGGGAUUAUCUGAGAUACUCUAAGGAGGUAGGGUUUGAGACGUUGUGUUCAGACCCCAACUCGGUUUUGGGGUGUAGGGUUUGAGCGUAGCCUGCCGGUAGGGAGGGGCAGUUCCUCUUGCUGCUCCGUAGGCAACUACCAUGGUCUUGCAGUGGAUGCGACCUUUGACUGGAAACCAGUGGAGUGUGUGGAGGAGCACGGGUGACAUGGGGAGAAUUUGGGACGGUUGAACACCAGGCUGGGUGCAGCGAUCUGGAUAAGUUGCAGGGGUUUGAUGGCACAAGCUGGGAGCUGUGAACCGUGAUGGAGAGGUCUUGGGAGUGUGCAGGCUUGCAGAGAGGAGCUGUGAACCGUGAUGGAGAGGUCUUGGGAGUGUGCAGGCUUGCAGAGAGGAGCUGUGAACCGUGAUGGAGAGGUCUUGGGAGUGUGCAGGCUUGCAGAGAGGAGCUGUGAACCGUGAUGGAGAGUUCUUGGGAGUGUGCAGGCUUGCAGAGAGGAGCUGUGAACCGUGAUGGAUAGGUCUUGGGAGUGUGCAGGCUUGCAGAGAGGAGUGUGGACCACUGCCAUUCCUCAUCAUCAUUUAAGAGAACAUUCAAUGAGGUGCAAUGAAGUCGGAAACUAGAAAUACAUCUACGGAAAAGAAAAAGGUGUAAAAAAAUGGAAAUGUACAGUAUUAUCGUUGGCCAAGUUCAAGAACAUAGAAUACAAGGCAAUGUACACGUUUUCCUAGUCUCUUGAAGUGUCCCUUUAAGAGUCUUAUAUAGUGAAUCACAUUUAGGAAGUAGUUACUGAACGACUAAACAACAAUUAAACACAUUAGGCAAAGUACAUAAAUCUAGGCCGCAAGUAAUGACACCAUUGUCAUAGCAACCCAGAUAU